AUGGCAUUUGGUGGUGCGAUCAUAGUUUAUUGGGUCUUAAAAUCAACGUUUAUGUUUAUUGUAAAUAUAAUAAUUGCUAUAGGAACUUAUAGAUUGUUAAGAAGGAUUCUGGAUGCAAUUUGGCCAAAUAAAACAACAAAAUAUAAAGUUGACAUAACCAGUGAAGCACCAUCUCAACUAUUUAGAAGUCGUAAUGCUCUUUCGCCAUGGGUAGAAUUCAAUAAAGUUUUGUUUGAUGAUCCUGUAUUUAGACAAACGGGAAAUUAUAAGAAUUCUCCACUUAAUCAAGUAUACUAUGAUUCUAUGGCAAUGGUUCAAAGAGGUUACGAAAAUAAUUAUAAAAAUUUAAAGACAUCAUUUGAUGGAUAUAUUACUAACUCAGGAGGAAUAACGUUCACAGCUUUGGAUUCUAUGUAUACAAGUUCUUUAAUUGGAAAAAAUUAUAAACAAGACAUGAUAAAUAUCAAAUACUGGGCUGCAAGUAAGGCUAAUAACGAUAAAGCACGUAUUCAAGUAACUGGAGCUGUUAAAGAUAAUAACACAAUAUUGGAAAAAAUUACUAUUUAUUGGCCAAAUACCAAUAAAGAAAUUUUAUUACAUUCGGAAGAUAUCAAUAAUAUUCCACCGUUCGAAAAAAGCAAUGAUCAAGAUGAAUCACCUCCAAUAAUUGAAGCUGUUAGUAAUUGUAUAAUGAAUGCUCAUAAAUAA